AAUAAUGUAGGCAUUUAAUGAGACAGCUAACAGUCACAGUGGUAUAUUGAAGGCCCCCCUCUAGCAGACUGCUUUCUCUGGACAGCAAAUACGGACAUGGCGGAUUACGAUACCUUCGAUGACCGGGCUUAUGGUAGCUUUGGUGGUGGACGAGGACCUCGAGGUGCAGGCGGUCCAAGCGGACCACGCAAGCAGAAGGAGCUCCCAACAGAGCCUCCGUACACAGCAUACGUCGGCAACCUGCCUUUCAACACAGUACAAGGAGACAUAGACGCCAUCUUCAGAGACCUCAGCGUGAGGAGUGUGCGACUAGUCCGAGACAAAGAGACCGACAAGUUUAAAGGUUUCUGUUAUGUCGAGUUUGAUGACUUGGAAUCUCUAAAAGAGGCAUUGACGUAUGAUGGAGCUCUGCUUGGAGACCGAUCACUGAGGGUGGACAUUGCCGAGGGACGGAGACAAGAGCGAGGAAGUGGAUUCGGCUUCCGAAAAGACGACAGAGGCCGCGGUGGCUCACGGGGGCCCAGAGGAGGGGGACGAGACUCCAGAGAAGACUUCGACCAAUCAGGAGGAGGGUUUAGAGAUGAUGACUUCAUGGGUGGGCGGAGUCGCGGAGGCAGUCGUCCUGGCGAAAGACGGGGCGGCGGCGGUGGUGGAAUGAGCCGCUACAGAGACGGACCACCACGUGGAGGCUCAACAGACUUCAGAGAACCCUCUGAUGAGGAAAGAGCACAGAGACCAAGGCUACAGUUGAAGCCUCGCACAGUCUCCGAACCCCUGAACCAAGUGGCCAACCCAAAUUCGGCCAUCUUUGGGGGUGCCAAACCCAGGGAGGAGGUAAUAUCCAAAGAAAAACACUAAAGAGACUGCAGCCUCCCUCAGUAUGCUGAGCUGGAUGGAUAGUUGGAGGGAGGGAUUGGGAGGGAGCACCGGGGAGAGCAAAUUGCAGGACCAGGACAUACAACCAGACAUGACACACAACACACACAAAAAAGUAUCAUCAUGACAACAGAAAUAUGUUAAGCCUUGGUCACCAUUCCUAAUAAUUGAGAUGAUAAUUCCUCCUUCUUCAGAAUCCAAUUUAAUUUGAAUAUAUUUAUUCAUGAAGGAAAAAUCUGAUUAAAACAUACACUUUUAUGACACAGUUGCACACACACACAAGCAUACACAAACGAGCAGCUUGUGAAUGCCUGUCAAACUAAAAAAAUCAUUUUUACAUCCACCCCUGCUUCCCUGUAAAUAGUGCCUGCUCUGUACUGUAGUUUGUCUGGGGAAAGCUCAUUCAUAUUGUGGUGUAAAAAGGGUUUGAUUUAUAGCUGCUCUCUUAAAUUAAAACCAAACUGUUUUAAAAAAAUAAUAAUAAUAAUAAUAAAUAAAAAUUCUUUUAAGUCAAACGCUAAUAAACUCCCCCAUCACAGUUCUGUACAGUUGUAAAAUGCAGUUUGGGUGUGGAUGUAAUUUGGGGAAGCCUCUUACCUAACGGGAGGUUAUAGAUACAUGUAACUUGUGCUUUUCAGUAGAUUUUUGUGCCGGUGAUGCAGGUUACUCCGUCAAUGGCUAUUUCUCCUGCCUUGCCUUCAUUCUCCUUGUUUUUUGUUUUUUUUUGUUUGUUUUUUGUGUUUUUUCUUCAAUGUCACCCCUGGAAACAUUGUAGAUUUGAUGUUUUCAGAGAAGGCACAAGCAGUUUUAUGUCCUGCAUGGUCGGUGCACCAGCGCUCACUUGUUAGUGGAGAUCCCUCCAGUAAAAGAAGAAAAUAUAUUAUAUCUGAAUGCACAUUGGGCUGCUUGGAUGGUGCUCUCCUAGCCCCGGUUGUGUUUAAUGGGAAAUUGGCUCAUUUCAACUAUGUGGUAGAAUUGUACAAGCAGUGUUCAGUUUUGGGGUGAAUGUAAAAUAACUUUUAAUGAACAGAAUUGAAGUUUCUUUUAUUAGCUUACUGCAAUCUCCUGUUCACAUGGGGCUGAUUGUGUUAUUUGGUCACUGUGUUUAUCAAAAUAUUAGGUGUUACCUUUCAGCCUUUGUGAAACAGGCCCUUGUGAAAUCAUUGUUCUUAUUUUUUUUGUUUUGUUUUCUUGUUAAAGCAUUGAUAUAGCUGUGUGGCUGCAUUAUUCCGGAUGGCUAGACUGGAUCUACAGGCUUUGGUCAG